AUGGGGAGGUCCCUUCUACUAUGCUGCCUUAUGGCUUUGGUUAUUCCAGCCAUCUCCUUGAAGUGUCACACGUGCGUUGGUAGUGCCUAUGAGUGCAAUCCAACCGAAGUGACGUGUCCUGGGAACAAUGACAAAUGCUCCACCUCUUCCCUGUACAUAGACUCCUUUCCUUGUAAGGUGCACAAAGCUUUCAAGGGCUGCAUUAACUCUACUAUACCUUCCAAGAAAGUAUCGAUAUCCCCAAGUGACCUGAUCACCUUAUCCCUGCAGCAGGAUGUGUGCGAAUCAGAUCUUUGUAACACACAGGAAGCCUCAGAUCCUGACACAAACCUAAAUGAAUUGUAUUGUCACUCGUGUAUAUCUCCCGGUGCCAGCUGCACCAGUGCGACAAUGAAGCAAUUGAGAUGUAUGGGAGAGCAGAAUCUGUGUACGGACAUAAGAGUCAUAGGUUCCUUUGGUGACAUAGCAGAUGUCAAUAUAAAAGGAUGUGGACAGAUUCCAUCAUGUACUCAGGACUUGGUUUUCUCUAGUCAAACGUCUUCUGUGUCUGCCAAGUGCUGUAAUGGAAACUACUGCAACAGUGAUACAGAUUUUGCAUUUGAGGACAAGUCCCCCAACGGAAUACAAUGCCACAGCUGCAAUACACUUGAUGGGGCGAGCUGCUCACCUAAAGAAGUGGUCAAAGCCCAAUGCUAUGGAGCCCUGACAUCUUGCUUAGAAAUUGCUGGCAUAAGCAUGAAAGAUGACCGUCCUAUACCCACCAUCAUCAAAGGUUGUGCUACACCUUCAAUGUGCGACUCCUCCCUCCUACCGCUGUUACAAAAAUUGGGCACCGCAACUGUAAAGUGCUGCAAUGGAAGUCUCUGCAACAACCAAUUUUCAGAGAGCAGUCUCAAAGCCAGUGGCUACUUCCCCACCGGAAAAGCUUCUCCAGGAACAGGUAUCAAAACGAAACACUUUCUCAGCCCAGUCAAAACAGGACAUCACGCUAAUAACAAGUAUGGCACCGAUAGCAUGCCCCCAUCAUUUACAGGUUCUACCAGUAAUUGCGAUGAUGUUAACAUUUUCAGUGCAGUAAACAGCCCCAAUAUGUAUCCUGGAAAUGGCAAUGGUGAAGGCGUCAAAGGAGGUUCAUGGAACAGUAAUAGUAACAGUGGCUAUCCCAACCCCUCUUUUAAUUCCUACAAUGAGUUUAGCAACUCUGGUCCCAUACAUGAUCCAAGUAUAACAACUACCCAAGUCAACCAGGGCUCCUCAUACAAUGACUUAUCGAUAGAGAACCCUAAUUCAGUUUAUGGCAGUGACAUCUUUUCAGCCGGUGGCCUAAGUACAGACAAUGAUGGUAUAUUUGCUGAAAGUUACACUUUGUCCAGUCCUAUUAAUCAUUUAUCAGGAGAAGACAAUCACAAUGUAUUAGCACCAGGAGGAUCAGCACUUGGUGGAGAAGGUGUAUCAGAGACCCCUAACUACCACAGUAAUGAUAACUCCAUCCCGGACGUGCCCCCAACUUUUCCAGAUUUAAACAGUUAUGUUGACAGCAGUAUUGUCUCUAACUCAUAUAAUGAUAAUAAUAUAAACUACCCAAAUAAUAAUGACUUUACCAGCUAUGACAGUGCCGGCUUCACAGAGGUAGCUUAUGACUGGAAUGAGGAUCAAUCCAGUUCUCCCACAGUGGCACCAGAUGAUAUAGUUUCUAAUAGUUAUGAUUCUGUUGGUAAUUCUGUAAGUGAUCAUAGUGAUUAUCAUCCAGAUGCCAUUACUAACAACAAUGAGACCAGUGGCCACUCAUCUGACACAGUAAAUAUAGGAAACAAUGUACAUAGACAAGAAAACAAUGGCAGCAUUCAGAAUUUCACAUCCACAACACCAAAGACUCAUAAUUAUAAUAUUAAUCAGCAAGUAUCAGGAUAUGGUACUAAUAUUUAUAACAUGGGUAUUGCUCCCAAUAGUAGUUUUGGAAACUAUAUCUCCUCAUCAGGAAACAACACUGUAGGAAGUGGAAACACCUCUAGUGCUGGUCCUACUGGUAUCUUUACUGAGAGUGAAAGUCACAAUGUGUCCAGUCCUAUGAAUUAUUCAUCGGGGGAAAACAAUCUGAAUACAGUAUUAUCUGGAGGUUCAGCAGUGGACAGAGAAGGUGUAUCAGAGACCCCUAACUAUAACAGGGAUGAUAACUCCAAUGACACAAUGAACAUCAGUAGCAAUUUACAUACACAAGGAAACAAUGGCAGCAUUCAGCAUUUGACACCUACAACAUCAAUAAAGACCCACAAUUCUAGUAUUAAUCAGCACAUUUCUGGAUAUGGCACUAACAUUCAUAAUACAGGCACUGCUUCAAAUAAUGCUUCUGGAAAUAAUAUCACCUCAUCAGGAUACAACUCUAGUGCUGGCACUUCUGGUAUCUUUACUGAGAGCGAAAGUCACAAUGUGUCCAGUCCUAUGAAUUAUUCAUCAGGGGAAAACAAUCUCGGUGUAGUAGCACCAGGAGGAUCAGCACUUGCGGGAGAAAAUGUAUCAGGCACACCUAACUGUAGUGAGAGCUCCAUCCCGGACGUGCCCCCAACUUUUGUAGAUUUCACGACUUAUGUUGAUAACAAUAUGAACCCAAACAAUAAUGACUUUAGCAGCUAUGAGAGUACCGGCUUUACAGAUGUAGCAUACAUAGACAUGGUCACGGAUGAUGGCCAAUCCAGUUCUGCCACAGUUUCACCAAAUAACAGUGCAUAUAAUCCAAAUACCAUUUUAUUAGCUAAUAACAAUAAAACCGGUGGAUACUCACCUGACAUAGUAAAUAAUGGUAGCAAUGUACAAGAAAAUAAUGCCAAUGUCCAGAAUUCCACACCUACAACACCAAAAAUCUACAAUUCUGAUAUUAAACAGCAAAUUUCAGGAUAUGGCACUAAUAUUCAUAAUACGGGUAACGCUUACACUAAUUGUUCUGGAAAAAAUAUUUUCUCAUCAGAAAACAACACUGCCGGAAGUGGAAACACUUCUAGUGCUGGUCCUGAGAGUGAAAGUCACAAUGUGUCCAGUCCUAUAAAUUAUUCAUCGGGGGAAAACAAUCUGAAUACAGUAUUAUCUGGAGGUUCACCAGUUGGCAGAGAAGGUGUAUCAGAAACCCCUAACUAUAACAGUGAUGAUACCUCCAUCCCGGACGUGCCCCCAACUUUUCCAGAUUUCCCCAGUUACGUUGACAACAAUAUGGUCACCAACUCAAAUUAUGACAAUAAUAUGAACUAUCCAAACAAUAAUGACAUUAACAGCUAUGACAGUGCCGGCUUCACUGAAGUAGUCUAUGACUGGAAUGAUGGUCAGUCCAAUUAUUCCACAGUUUUACCAAAUAGUACAGUGUCUCAUAGUUAUAAUUCUGUUGGUAAUGAUGACUUUAACAGUUAUGAUAGUGUCGGCUUUACCGAAGUAGUUUAUGACUGGGAUGAGGACCAAUCCAAUUCUCCCACAGUUGUACCAGAUAGUACAGUGUCUAAUAGUUAUGAUUCUGUUGGUAUUGAUGACUUUAACAACUAUGACAGUGCCGGCUUUACCGAAGUAGUUUAUGACUGGGAUGAGGACCAAUCCAAUUCUCCCACAGUUGUACCAGAUAGCACAGUGUCUAAUAGUUAUGAUUCUGUUGGUAUUGAUGACUAUAACAACUAUGACAGUGCCGGCUUUACCGAAGUAGUCUAUGACUGGGAUGAAGACCAAUCCAGUUCUCCCACAGUAGCACCAGACGGCAUAGUUCCUAAUAGUUAUGAUUCUACGGGUAAUUCUGGAAGUGAUAACAGUGCUUAUAAUCCAAAUACCAUUUUAUUAUCUAACAACAAUGAGACCAGUGGCCACUCAUCUGACACACUGAACAUCGGUAGCAAUGUACAUACACAAGGAGAUAAUGGCAGCAUUCAGCAUUUGACACCUACAACAUCAAUAAAGACCCACAAUUCUGGUAUUAAGCAGCACUUUUCAGGACAUGGCACUAACAUUUAUAAUACAGGUUUUGCUAAUAAUAAUGGUUCUGGAAAUUAUAUCUCCUCAUCAGGAAACAACAUUGCAGGAAGUGGAAACACCUCUAGUGCUGGGACAUCUGGGUCCUCUACACAUGGUGGGUACGCUAAUAUGCCUGGAGGUAAUGGAUCCUCAACCACUUACACCAGUUCGGAAAAUGGUACCGGAAUGACCAACCGAGGGGACAACAGCAGUAAUUCUUCUAACUACAAUGUAGCAGUGCCUGUGGGGUAUGGUAAUAUCCCUGUAGGUAACCACUCCUCACCUACUUAUGGCAGUUCUGGUAAUGGAACCAGGAUGAAUGGCAAUGACUCUAAUCACAUUAUGGCAAUACCAGGACAUGACACUAAUACUUAUAAUACAGGUGUUGUCAACAAUAAUGGUUCUGGAAAUUACAUCUCCUCAUCAGGUAUCAACACUUCAGGAAGUGGAAACACCUCUAGUACUGGCACUUAUGGGUCCUCUACACAUGGUGGGUACGCUAAUAUUCCGGGAGGUAAUGAAUCCUCAACUACUUAUACCAGUUCAGAAAAUGGUCCCGGAAUGACCAAUGGAGGACACAACAGCAGUAAUUCUACUAACAACAAUAUAGCAGUGCCUGUGGGGUAUGGUAAUAUCCAUGUAGGUAACCACUCCUCCCCUAGUUAUGGCAGUUCUGGUAAUGGAACUGGGAUUACAAAUGAAUGGAUCAACAGAAAUGACUCUAGUCACAAUAUGGCAAUACCAGGGGGGUACAACAACAUACCCGGAAGUAAUCACUCCUCAACAUCUUAUACUGGUAAUGGGGCCGGAUUGUCUAAUCAAUGGAGCAAUAGCAAUAAUUCUUCUGACCACAAUGUAGCAGUACCUGUUGGUUAUAAUAAUAGCCCUUUAAGUAACCACUCCUCAUCAUCUUAUGGCAGUUCUGGGAAUGGAACUGGGGUGACAAAUGAAUGGAUCAACAGCAAUGUCUCUAGUCACAAUAUGGCAAUACCAGGGGGGUACAAUAACAUCCCUGGAAGUAAUCACUCCUCUACAUCUUAUACUGGCAAUGGAACUGGAAUGCCCAAUCAAUGGAGCAACACCAAUCAUUUUAACCCUAAUAUGUCAGUGCCAGGGGCAUAUGCCAAUAUUCCUGGAAGUAAUGAUUCUGAGUUGAUCAAACAAUGGGUUAACAACAAUAGUUCUUACCAUAAUAUGGCAUCACCAGGCGGACAUUAUGGGUCUUUAGAUAACAAUGGCAGUGACUAUGUCUCAAAUAGCAACUAUAGCUCCCCAUUUAUGAUGCCAAAUAAUGGAUCCAACUAUGGAAAUAGCAAUGGCCUAAGUGGUUCAUGGAAUAGCAUUGAAUCCUAUCUAAAUCAUGUGUUAUCUGAGGAAAAUAACAAUGGGUCAUACUCUAACCCUAGGCUAAAUGGGUUGUUUCCAGGAGAUUAUAGCAACAGCAAUGAAACAACGUGGGGCAAUGGCUUCUAUGAUCCCAACAGUAACCCCAAUAAUAAUGGUUCUUCCAGCAACUACAAUAAUAUCCAGAAUUUUCUCUCAACAAUGAAUGGAUAUAUCCAUGGCAAUGGCACCAAAAAUGCCACUGAAUGGUUUCAGAAUAAUAGUUUUCUCUCAAAUUUGUUUCCCCCUGGUAUGAAUCAUAAUGGUUCACGCCCAUCUGGCUUUAAUAUUAAUUCCAUGUAUAAUGGAUCUCUCAGUGACUAUUUCAAAAGCUUAGGCGCUUCAUGGAACAAUAGUAUUAACAACAUAACCUCUGUGUUCUCUGGCGGUAAAAAUGGGCUCUUCAAUAUUAGCAAUUUUGGUAGCGGAUGGGGCAAUAUUAUGUAUAAUCCAAAUUUGAUGAACCCACAUAAUAGUGGUGGCUCUUCUUAUAGCAAUAAUCAGAACCCAAAUCAAAAUAGUAAUGGCAAUUAUGGGGUGCCAGGGUCCAAUGGCCAACCAAACAGUAACAGUAAUGGCAUGUCAUCAGGGGGUUAUAACGAUGGCUCUAUCAAUGGUAAUGGCCAUAACUCAUAUGCAGUGCCCUCAGGUGGAGGCAGCAAUGGCGGUAGUACAGAUGGCAAUGGCAAUAGCUACAACACAAACCUGAUGGGCAAUGGACUGAAUGGGUCAAUGUUGGGUAGUGGAACUAAUUUACAUGAUAUAGUGUUCAAUAGCUAUAGCCCAAAUGAGACGAUUCCAGGUAGAAGCACAAAUGAUUCAGCUAGCGGUGGUGGUGGUGGUGAUACUAGCAACAGUAGUGCCUCCUCCCUCUGGACAACAUCUGGAAGCCUUUUCAUCUUCUCGGCCAUUGCUCUGCUGGUACUGAAUUGAACAUAGCUCUUACUAAAUUCAGCUCAAGGGUUGGGUUCUCUAGUUCUUUGUUUUUAUAAGUUAUUAUGUCUCCGAUAUGUUCAUUGUAUGUACAUUAUGUUCACAUUCAUAAAAUGCUCUAUUUUUGUUGUCUACCAUUGAAAUUUUUGAAAUUCUAGUGUGUUUGUGUUUUUUUUUAAUCUUGCACUUUGACACAUUUAUAUACUUCCCUGAGUAUAAUAUUAAUAUAUAGUACAAAGUGGGUUCAUGAAGCAGUGCAUACCUCUCAAAACCCCAAAAUGCAAAAAAAAUUUGAAAACCAAUUUGGAGCCCUUACGUGUCAUAAGACCCACAACCCACUUUCAAGUCAAGCCUACAACCUUCAUUCUGGAGUUUAAA